CACAGUCUCUCAUUAUUUAUUCGUCUCUUACGUUCAUGUUUGCCACAAAGCUCUUCAUCGAUUAUAUCUGAGCUCUCCAUAGAUUCUAUCUGGUCUUGAGCAUCCGUUUCCAACUUCCAACAAGGGAUGGAAGAAAUUACUCAGUUAGCUGAAGCUGAAGCUGAAACUGGAACUGAAACUGGAACUGAAACUGGAGCAAGUAACGAUAUAUCAAUUACUAUAAUAAACGACUGCACAAGCAUGGAGCGGAGGACAGUGCCGAACUCGGCUGUCCAGUGUUGGGGGCGAACCAGAACUUAUCAGUUCUCUGAAACUAAUACAAGUUUCGAUGAACCAGUUGCCAUAGGAGAGCACCGCAAAAGAAAGAGGACUUUGCAUUGGCCAAUGUUAAAUCACAAAAUCUGCAGACCUAAUCUCCGAAUGGGCGUGGAGAAAGAUUAUCCCAUGGCUAAAAGUGAAACAAGUAGUCAAGAUUAUCCCAUGGCUAAAAGUGAAACAAGGAGUCAUGUAUCAAUUGCUAUACAAAACGAUCCCACAAGCAUGGAGCAGAGGACAAUGCGCAGACUGCCUCCGCAACUACUUGAGGUAAAUAAAGGAGCCUAUGAACCUUAUGUCAUUUCCUUCGGUCCAUACCAUCGUAAUAACUUCGAUAAAAGGAAUCACUUGAAAGAUAUGGAAGGACGAAAGGCGGAAACUUUAAAUAGGCUUCUUGAACUGGCAAUUCAAGGUAGUGAUAAAAUACAUCUAUCAGCCACAGGAACUAUUGUGAAAGAAGCUCGUAAUUGUUAUUCAGAAUCUUCAUACCUUUCCGAUGAAGAAUUUUCCGAUGAAGAAUUUGUAAAAAUGAUGGUCCUUGAUGGAUGUUUUAUCAUUCAGCUAAUAACGGGAACCUUGAAAGAUUCUUUCUGCACCCAGGGUCUGAUCUAUACAAGCAUUUUGCGUGAUUUGGUUCUAGUUGAGAAUCAACUUCCCUUUUUUGUACUAUGUAAGUUAUUGGACAAAAUCCCAAAAACAUUUUUCAACCCGAAGGGUUCUACAGAUCCAAAAAGAUGGUUUAUCAGUCAGUUACUUAGAAGGUUUGAAGAUACAAUGCCAGGGCUCAGGGUUGACAGAACCUAUGAUGACGAUUCAAUGAAAAAAGUCAAGCAUAUAGUACAUUUAUUACACUCCAAUUGGCUUCCUUCAGACAAGGCAAUGACUGAAUACAAUGAACACCCAAAAGAUGGCAAAUGGCGUUUCAUCCGUUCUGCUACAGAACUAAGAGAGGCGGGAAUUGAGUUCGAAAUGGUUGAGACAGAAGGGAAUAGGAAAAGAAGCUUAUUUGAUAUCAACUUUGAAAAAGGGAAAGGGAUACUAAAGAUGCAAAAAUUGACUAUUGAGGAUGACACGGAGAGUUUGUAUCGUAACCUCAUUGCCUGUGAGCAGUUUGACAAUGAACUUCCAGCAUACUUACUUGAUUAUGUUACUGUCAUGGAUUGCCUAAUCAACACAGGGAAGGAUGUGGAGUUGCUUUGUAAGAGUAAGAUAAUUGAUAAUUUGUUAGGCGAUGAUGAAUCAGUUGCCGCCUUGUUCAACAAGCUUGGAGACCAUGCUAAGUUCUCUAGAAAAAGUUUCUUCUAUGCCCAGUUAUUUAAUGACAUCAAUGAGCAUUACGAGAAACCUUGGAAUACGUGGAAGGCAAACUUAAGACAGAAAUAUUUCAACACCCCGUGGGCUUUUAUCUCCUUUCUUGCUGCAACUUUGUUGAUUCUACUUACAGUGCUACAAACAACAUUUACAAUCUUCCCUCGCUCUUGAAAUUUCAAAGUGCAAGAGACCCAAGACCAAAUGGUAUGGCCAAAAUGUGCGAGAAAUGCAUAUGUUACACAGACUAGUAGAAGGGGUUUGCUACAUCUUGUUUUUUGUUAUUACCGAUUUGUAUUGUACUGUAUCAUAUUGUAUCUUGCCUUUUAAGGUUUGUUUUGUUGGGUUUCUUUAGGCUUGGAAGUUGCAGUAUUGUAAGUUACCGAAUUGCAUUGUACUAUAUUGUUACCGUGUUUUCUUUAGAUUUGUUUUGUUGGGUUUCUUUAAUCUUGUAAGUUGUGAGAGCUAUGUUAAAGAUUGUUGCUGCCUAGAUUUGUUUCAAAUUUGCAAUAUAGUUGUUACCCCUAA